GCCCCUUCCGGAGGCCCCCCCUUCAGAGAUCUAUCUGGCUCGAGAGAUCGCGCAUUAGCACGAGGACGAGAGUUCUGACCGUGUUUUGUUCACCGCGUCGCGUUUUUCCUCACGACUUCGGAUGUCUACGACAGUCGGGGCCCUCAUCCUCCCCAUCGCCUCCUGCGUGGCCGACGUGAUGAACCCGUUGAACCCAAGAACGCUUGUACGAGAACGAGCUCCUCAUCCUCCUCCUGCCCGUCUGGUUCUUCGAUACAGUAGCCGGUUUGGCUCAAGCAAUUCUGGUUCAGGCGAACCAGCUUUUGUUUGAAAUUUCUUCGGUUCGGCACGUUCAGUCGGAAGAUGGCACCCCGCACGCGCCAGCAUCGCAGCCAUCUGUUCACCUACGUAGUGUUGGGAGCGCUCGCCGCGCAGCUGCUUGUGGACCUGGAGGUAUCCGACUUCGUCGACGGAGAGACGCACGCGGCGUUCGCAGCCCCUCGCGCCGCCACCUCUGCCGGGACCGCCGUCGAGCUUGUUGUCGCGAAGAAUGGAGCGUUCACCCGCAGCACGGAGGGCCCGCAGAAUUCCCGCUGGCGCACGGGGGGUCGCACUGCGGCUAACGCUGCGCCAGCGAUGUCCGUUGGGCAGAAGGUGAUCAAUGCCAUGGGCGCGGGCGCGGUCGCUUCCGUCAUCCAGGCUGCGCUUUCGGCGGUGGGGGAACCCAUUGUGAACCGCGUGCUCGUGAAACGAAUGAAGAUCAUGGACGCGAUCAACGACGUCAGCGCGGCGCAGAUGCUCAAUUUCUUCAAGACAACGUUGGCGACAAACUUCCUCAAGUUCCCGUUCUUCGAGGCCAUCAAUGCCUUCUGCGCCGCGUUCCCCAUCAGCCCGACUUACCGCGGCAUCUUCACGGGCUUCGUGUUCACCACGGCCACCCUUCCAGUCACGAACUACAGGUACCGCAAGUCGAUGGACUUAGAAGUGAAUUGGGCCAACAUCUACGAGGCCUAUCCGCCCACCGUCAUUCGCGACAUUGUGUAUGGCAUCGCCCGCAACUACUGCACUAUCGGUGUGCUCGGUCUCAACCCGGCCUGGUCGAUCACCUCGCCCGAGGUGCUCUUCAUCGUCGUGAUCCUGGGCUGCCUCAUCUCGGCGCCCUUCAACGAGUGGCGUGGCUACCUCCUGCAGUCCAAGGGUCAGGAGCUGACCUUCAAAGAGUUUUUCAAGCCAUCGAACUUCGUGCGCUCCACUUCGCUCGGGGCGCUCAAGCAGGGCAUUGCGCUCGCGUUGGGCUACUGGGCCGCACCGCCUGCGUCGAAGUUCGUCACUGGCCUGAUCGCCAGCCUGAAGGCCGCAUUCUAAGGCGAGGACUCGAGUUCCGCCACGGGCCAGGCCGUGAUUCGUCGCUGUCAAUCGGCGGUGAAGCACGCUGGAUCCCGCACUAUUCUCAGAGCCACCGCCGCUCCGGCGAGUAUUGAUAAAGGGAUGGUGGAGGUGAGCGCGAUUCGAAUGAGGCGUUGGAGGAUGAAGAAGGAGG